AUGGAGAAAAAGGAUGCUUGUUUGUUGGCUGUUGACAUAUCCGAAAAACAGUCUACCGAUAUGACAAACGCAUCACCGGCAGUUGUCUCAUCUCGGCAUGUCCAAUUGCCUCCAGUCGUACAAACGAGCUUGCCCAUUUUGAGCUAUUGUGUUGCCAGCAUUGUCAUGACAGUGACCAACAAAUACGUUGUCAGUGGAGAUUUUAAUAUGGUGUUUCUUUUGCUGACCGUUCAGAGCAUUGUCACUGUGGUGCUUUUGCAAACCUUCAAGUUUCUCAAUCUCAUCAAAUUUCGUGCAUACAACACUGAAGAGGCCAAAAAAUGGUUCCCUAUCACCAUCUUUCUUGUGGCCAUGAUCUAUACAGGCUCCAAGGCAUUGCAAUUCCUUCCUAUCCCUGUGUAUACCAUUUUCAAGAAUCUCACUAUUAUAUUGAUUGCAUACGGUGAAGUACUUUGGUUUGGUGGCAGCAUCACAGGCAUGAUGAUGACAUCGUUUAGCUUAAUGACGCUGUCAUCAGUCAUUGCGGGUUGGAACGACGUAUCAGAAGCCAUCAGCUCCAUGAUGGAUGUAUACCGCAGCGAAUACACAGGUGUACCAAUGAUUGGAUACUUUUGGAUGCUCUUCAAUUGCCUUUCUUCAGCAUCCUUUGUGCUGUACAUGCGAAAGCGUAUUAAGUUGACCAAUUUCAAGGAUUUUGAUACCGUAUACUACAAUAACCUUUUAUCUAUCCCUUUGCUCCUUGUCCCAAGCUUACUCCUUGAAGACUGGUCAAUGGCUAAUUUCCAAGUCAACUUCCCUGAUGAGCAGCGCCAGGCACGCAUUUGGGCAAUGAUUUUUUCAGGUGCAUCAGCAUUUGGCAUGUCAUAUGCUUCAGCUUGGUGCGUUCGAACAACCUCAUCGACGACGUAUUCCAUGGUUGGCUCACUCAACAAACUUCCUAUUGCCAUCUCUGGAAUCGUCUUUUUUGGUGAUCCUGCAACCUUUGGAAAUGUAUCCGCCAUCUUAAUUGGCUUCAUUGCUGGUGUUGUAUACUCCUACGCAAAGGCAUAUCCACACAAGUCUUUAUCCCUCACAUCAAGCCCAACUUCAGAUACAAACAACGAAAAGAGAUGA